AUGCGGGGAAAGCGUCAAAAGUCAAAGAGGAGCUGCUCCCUUGACGUCUACCUAGCUGGAAAGCGUGAUGAGGUGAUCUAUGUGAAAGAGCAUGGCGUCGAGUUAGCUAGUGACCAUACCGCUUUAUCUCAGCACCGCAACCUCUACUUUGUUGCCUUUGGUGAUGAAAUCUAUGUCUACAAACCAUCCGGCCGCGGACGGGCGCUUGCGCCUCAGCCCGAAAUAAUAAUAACACCCGUAAUGAAAAAUCCCCGGGCACGAGCCUACAUCACACCACAAAAUCCACAAACCAUAAACGUUAUUCGCGUCGAUGAUCUCGGUCACGAAGAGAUAUUACUCCUUGCUACCGAUAAUGGUAACGUGGCAGCCUACCGGACGGAGCGAAUCUUCGCGGUCAUCGAGGAAGCCAGGGCCACUGGAAUUAAUAAACCCAGAGAACUUGGAGAGCUAGUCGAGUGUUUUUUCAGCGACUGGGUGGGCCAGAGUGCCUGGGGACUUGCAGUACACACAAAUGCUCGCCUCGUCGCCGUGAGCUCGAAUUCGUGGUGUAUUACAGUUUACGCCUUUGCAUUGGUGGAUCCUGAAGCUCCCGAAACACCUGCUGGAAAUGUGGUGAAUGCUCGUAGUUCUGGUGACGCCUUGGAAUGGACAAAUGUAAGUCUGGAAUCGCAGUAUAGCACACUCCGUCGGAUGAGCCAAGAUCAACGCCGCGCACGUAAUAUCCGGUUCACUUUAGUUGGCCAUCGAUACAACAUCCCGAACAUUGGGUUUUUAAACUCCAAUCUUGAUCCCUAUGGUGACUGGUUGGUUAGUACUGAUAUCAGUAACAAACUCAUGUUCUUCAAUAUCUGGCAUCAUCCAGCCCCUGUGAAAAUCAUUGAUCUUCAGCGGGGCCUUCGCAAACACCCUGGUAACCAAUAUGACAACCGCAGAGUAGGAUGGAAUGUUCUAGCAAUUGAUCCGCGGAAUUUUAGGCCUAAAGCCACGCUUCAAAUUGCCUGUGGUGGCACUCCGCACAAACUCGCCGAUUAUGACAAUGUACAUGACUUGAGCAAAAUCGCCCGACGAAUGCGGUAUACGCGGCAAGAUACACAGCAUCCGGAUAAUUCCCGCGUCGAAGAUCAGGAGUUGGAUGGGAACUUCUCAAUGGGAUCUGAUAUAGAUAUCUCAUCUCGUCCGGCUUCACCAGCGGUAGAGUCCUUGAUGGAGACUCCUUCAGAGAGCAUCGCAAAUACGCUUCCCUCUCUCCAAGGCGACGCUCCAGAUCUCCUCACAGACGCUGAGCUCAUCGAUGCUCUUCUUGUUUCUGUAAUAGAUACAGCACAAGACUUGCCUCAAAAUGAACUCGAUGAUAUUGAUGAUUUCGAUGCCCAGGAGGCCGAUAGCGAAGAUGAGGGCGAGCCGGAGGAGGAGGAGGAAGUCGAAGGCGAGAGUGAACAUGGUGGUGACGUUGACAGUGUAGUUGAAAGCUAUGCCGGGUUUCACAACUACGUAUACGCAGCGUUUCAAAAUGGCGGAAGUGGUUCCGACCUUACUCUGAUCGAAAGUCUCCAACAACAUAGCCAGGGUGGUGAUACACCAGAAAAAAUCUUCCCGGAUAUUUCAAGCUGGUUGUCUGGUUCAGAGGAAGCAGAUACCCACAGACCCCUCAUUUUCGCCGAUUUCCCAAUCCUCCAUUUCUCAGAACGAGUAGUCCACAUGUUUGCCCAUCCAUUCGCCAAAAAAGCAUCAUUUAUCUUACAUGACCCUCUCUUCCAGGAUGGAAGCAGCAAUACCUCCAAUCUUGGCGUAGCGGACCGUUUCAAUAUGGUGCAUCAGAUCCCCGAACUGGGUGUUGUUCUGGCGGCGUCACAAAAGGGUCGUGUAGUCAUUCUCUCUCUGACCGAAUGUCCAGAUGGUAAAGCAUUUAGAUUGGAUCAUAUCAUCCCAUUCGAAAGUCAAGAAAAACGCGGCGACCGUCCCGAAAUUCCCCUUGUUGGAAUCGCAGUUGGGCCUGUUGAAAAUCACCUCCUCCCAUUGGACGAAGUCAGAUCAUCCAGGUCUUCGCAAAUUAUGGACGACACCACGAACGUAAACGCUGCUUCUUCCUCAACUGUCACACAACCUCACCACCAUCGCCGGCACGGCGAGAAACUUAUUAUCGAAUCAAAAGAACAUGCAGCCCAAAUUUCAGCAGAACCAGAAGUGAAACGCCAACCCUCCACAUUUCAGGAAACUCGAGGUACCGGAUGUCGAUGA